AAAAAAAAAAAUUCACAACUAAUCAAACGAAGCAAAAGAAUUUUUUCUCAACGCCCAAAAAAACUUUUUUUGUUAAUAAAAUUUUGUUUUUUGCAAUAUUUAUUUGAAUACUCAACCGCAAAACAUUCCGAACGGUGCAAACAUUCUACGCGUAAACACACACAAACAACAGAACCAGCAUGAACUUUUUAGGUUUUGGACAAUCGGCCGAAAUCGAUAUUGUUUUCGAUGGUGCGGACGGAAAGAAUACCGCAGAGGUCAAGGCAGAGGAUGGGAAAAUUGAAAAGAUGUUACUCUACUAUGAUGGCGAAACAGUGUCAGGAAAGGUAAAUGUAACACUCAAAAAACCCGGCAGUAAGCUGGAGCAUCAAGGAAUUAAAAUCGAAUUCAUAGGACAAAUUGAAUUAUUCUAUGAUCGCGGCAAUCAUCAUGAAUUCAAGUGCAUGACCAAAGCACUGGCACGUCCUGGAGACUUGCUGCAGAACACCAGCUAUCCAUUUGAAUUUCCCAAUGUGGAAAAACAAUUCGAAAUCUACAAUGGUUCAAAUGUGCGUUUACGCUAUUUCCUACGUGCGACCAUUGUACGCCGCAUCAGCGAUAUCACAAAGGAGGUCGAUAUUGCGGUGCACACCUUGUGCAGUUAUCCAGAUGUAAAUAAUCCCAUUAAGAUGGAGGUGGGCAUAGAAGACUGCUUGCACAUUGAAUUUGAAUACAACAAAAGCAAAUACCAUUUGAAGGACACGAUUAUUGGGAAAAUCUAUUUUUUGUUGGUGCGCAUUAAAAUCAAGCACAUGGAAAUUGCGAUUAUCAAACGUGAAUCGACGGGCAGUGGGCCAAACACGUUCACUGAAAACGAGACAAUUGCCAAAUUCGAGAUAAUGGAUGGGGCACCAGUAAAGGGUGAAAGUAUACCCAUAAGGGUAUUCUUGGCCGGCUACAAUCUCACACCCACAAUGCGUGACAUCAAUAAGAAGUUCUCGGUUAAGUAUUUUCUAAAUUUGGUAUUAAUGGACACGGAAGACAGACGUUACUUUAAACAGCAGGAAAUAACGCUGUGGCGCAAAGCCGAUAUACCCCGCUAUCAUGCUCACAGUCAACAUCAACAGGCUGCAGUGGCAGGACACAAUACGCAUCCCCAUCAUGCUCCGGCACACUUAGUGAGCGGUCCCCCCGCUCCAAUAGCGGCUGGCCCGCCAAUGGCCGCAAGUGAGGCAGCAACUGCUGUCUCCGCAGCGGCGGCGGCCUCCACACCGGCUGCUUUAAGCUCCGAUGGCAAAAUGGGCCUGUUCACGCGAGAAAGUCCCAAUCAAGAAUUCAGCCAGCAAUCUCAAGACUCUAUGCCCACAUCGCCGGUAACACCUACAGCAACUGCUGCCCCUCCAGUCAUGCCAAUUGAGCGUGGCAUGGGUGAUGGGGCGGCAGCCAUUAGCACUUCGCCGGUAAUGCUUUCGACUACGCCACCACCGUUGCCAGCGGCAACGGCAGCCAACAACUUAUCAUCGUCGGUGGAAAAUAUUAAACAAAGCCAUGAUGAUUUUCUAGAGACAACGGGCUCCGAUAGAAUGCACGACGAUGAGGAUGAAAUAGUUGCUGGCAGUGGUGCCGGAGGCGGCGAUUUGGAUGAUAAACCCCAGGUGGUGGCCUCUAGUGAUUUCUUGGACAGUGAUGAUGCCGGUGUUACAAGCGGAGCUUGAUGUUAUGGCCAAUCGAAUUGAGUCGACACCAACAACACUUUAAUAGCCACCAACAAUACCAACACCACCACAACAACAAACACAUACUACGAUCAAUUGCUGUUGUGGCAAAAAGGUCGUGUAAAUAUUUUUGCAUCAAGUGCUUAAGCUGACAAAAACGAAAUAAGAUAAACAAAUACUAACAACUCUCUCAUUAUAAAAUAAUAAUAAAAACACAUAUACACUAUACAAACAACAAUAACAUAAAACAAAAACAAAAAGAAAGAACACACAAAACAACAACAAUAACUUUUAGGGCUUAUUUUUAAAAUAAUGUUAAUCAAACAACAACAACAACAACUAACAAAAGAAAUCCUGUGAACUUUCUAAACCAAAACUAAAGCUGGAUGCAGGAUCAUAAAAAAACCAACAAUGGAGAGAACAUUUAUGAUUGCAUGAAAAACGAUGUUACAAAAACGAUUUAAGGUCAUAUAACGACUUCAUUACGUGUCAUUUGACAUUGACACACUCAUAGAAAAUCAAAAAAUAAGCCUUAAAGGCCAAAAUAGAAUGAUCGCGUUGAGCUUUGUUUUUGAGCGUUGCGUUGCAUUUCUCUACACAAAUCCUACAAAAGCAACGCGGAAUGUUAAAACAUUUUCAACUUUGACGUUUGCCUCGCGUGAUAAAAGAAAAAAAAAAUAAUCCUUAAAGGCCAAAACAGAAUGAACGCGUUGAGGUUUGUUUUUGAGCGUCGCGUUACACAAAAUGCAACUUUGCACACAAAUCCCACAAAAGCAACGCGGAAAGUUAAAACAUUUUCAAUGUUGACGCUUGAAAGCGAGCGUCAUUCUGUGUUGCAUCGCGUGAAUUAGUGUUUUAAGUCGUCAAAAGUAAAAAUUGUUUAACUUUUGAGUAUUGGUUUUCUGUGAUAUUUGUUUGCAGCGUUGCAUUUUUCAACGCUCAAACCAAAGCCUUAAGGCCUAAACAAUGAGAGCGUUGAGAAGCGUCGCAUUGAAAAAUGCAACUCUGCAAACAAAUGGCAAAAUUCAACUCGCAAAAGUUAAAGAUGUUUUUAACUUUUACAACUAAAAACACUAGUUACGUGGGGCAGCACACAAUGACGCUGGCUUCCAAUCAUCAAAGUUGAACUUUUUUUAACUUUUCCACCUUGCUUUUGUGGAAUUUGUGUGCAGAGUUGCAUUUUGCAACGCGACGCUCAAAACCAAAGCUCAACACAGAAUGUUGAGGAGCGUCGCGUCGGAAAAUUCAACUCCCAAAAGUUUAACAAUUUUUAAACUCGACAACUAAAAACCCUACUUAAGGUGUUAUCAGACUAUCAGAUGUUCUUGUGACAUAACAUGCUACAUUGGAAUUUCAUUAUGUGUGUCAAAAUUGGCAAUUCAUACGAUUCAUCAUUUUGGCUAUCACACUAGUAUUUUUGUAUAACAUAACCUAAAAAUGUGAGCAAGCUGAAUUUACAACACAAACAGCUGAUUUCUUUAUGUUUUUGUCAAAAGGAAUAGAGCACCACUCUAAUCGGAAAAAUUAACAGUGUUUUUAUGAAAAGUCAUUUUCAUGUGUCAGUUUCAUUCGUAUCACACUAUGUGUGUAACUUUAACAACAGCAACAUUGGACAGGUCAUAAGACAAGAACAAAUAGUGUGAUGGCACCUUUACGUUUGGCAGCACGUAAUAAUGUAAAGUGGAUUUAAAAAGGUGGUCUCAAGCGAACAGCUGUUAACAGCCGGCCAGGUUUGACAGUAUUAAGAUGUCAGAUUUUUGGUUGCAUUCUCUUUGUUAUCAUCUUCUUUCUCGCAUAUUCUCUGCUCAUGUACGCACAUGUAUACACAAACUCACACAAAUUUCUUUGUGUAUGUUGGCAAAACGUCGAUCAUCUUGAUGGCAAGAUGGCGGAUUGCACCAUACGAUUUGUGGUUGUUGUACAAAUGAGACCACCUUUAAUUGUUUCGCCAUAAUAAUGACGCUAGCUUUCAAGCAUCAAAGUUGCAAUUUUUUUUAACUUUUCCCGCUUUGGUUAUGCAAGAUUUCUGUGCAGAGUUGCAUUUUUGUAACGCGACGCUCAAAAACAAAGCUCAAGGCGACCAUUCUGUUUUUGGCCUUUACAAAUAUUCCAAUAACUAUUUUGAACACCAUUUUGUAUGAAAAUUUAUAAAGUUUUUAAAUAGGGUAUAUCUCCUUAUCUGUGUAUAUAGCCUUGGAAAAUUAUGUAGAGCAUAAUAAAAUAAAAAACAAAUCUCUUUAAAAACCGAAAA